AUGAAUGUAGAAAAUUUCGCUCUUGCUUGCCGUUUCCUACCUUCAACUUAUGUAGAGCAAGGAAAACAAUCGAGAAAGUCUCAUGAAAAUUACAUUAAAAUCCUCUUAGAACAUAAAAAGCUACCGGUCAAAGGAUGGGAUAGAUCAACAAUCGAAAUGUUAUUAAACGAAAUAUCCACGAUGGACAGCAAUAAUUUUUUAGGUAAUGCUGGGAUUGGAGAAAGAGAAGGUAGAAUUGCAUCGCCUAUUGUUGUUCAGAGACAUUAUGGACUGGCCCACGGUAUUGGAAGAUCUGGCGAUAUUGCUGCCGUACAACCAAAGGCUGCAGGAUCUUCUCUAAUGAUGAAACUAACUAAUGCAAUGGUUUUAGAUGCCAUUCGAAUUGCAGGCGUUCGGAGUGCAUCUUCUUGCAUUGUGGUUCCUAUGGCAACUGGAAUGAGUAUGGUUUUGACCUUUCUAACCAUUAAACAGAUGAGACCUGAAGCAAAGUAUAUCAUUUGGCCUAGAGUAGAUCAAAAAUCUUGCUUUAAGGCUAUUUUUACAGCUGGCUUUGAACCAAUCGUCAUUGAGAAUAUUUUAGUUGAAGAUGAAUUAAGAACUGAUGUACAGAUGAUAGAAAAACAUCUGAAAGGCAUACCGCCUGAACAAAUAUUGUGUAUUUACACUACUACAAGUUGCUUUACACCACGGGCUCCUGAUAGUUUAGAAGCAAUUGGCAAGUUGUGCAAGGAAUUCGAGAUUCCACACGUAGUUAAUAAUGCAUAUGGUUUACAAUCUUCAAAAUGCACUCAUCUAAUAGAGCAGGCUGCACGCUCUGGCAGGCUCGAUGCAUUUAUUCAGAGCACAGACAAAAAUUUUAUGGUUCCUGUCGGUGGAGCUGUAAUCGCAGGAUUUGAUGACAGUUUUAUCAGCAAGAUUAGCCAAACUUAUCCGGGACGUGCGUCAGCUGCUCCAGUUAUGGAUCUAUUUGUGACUUUACUAUCAAUGGGAGUAGAAGGGUUCAAGGAUUCACUGAUAGAGCGAAAAGGAAUGUAUCGAUAUCUACAAAAGCGCUUGCAACAGGUCGCAUCAGCUCACGGUGAACGACUUUUAGUCACCCCUAAUAAUGCAAUAUCUAUAGGUAUUACAUUAUCUUCUAUGCCUACUAAACAUGCAACCGAACUAGGGUCAAUGCUCUUUACCCGAAACAUUUCUGGGGCAAGAGCUAUAGCCCCUGGUGUAACAAAGCAAAUAGGAUCAGUCACAUUUGAAAAUUAUGGAUCCCAUUACAAUAAUUACCCUUAUGCAUACUUGACAGCUGCUGCUGCUAUUGGAUUGAAAAAAGAUGAUGUUAAUACAUUUGCGAGAAGAUUAGAUCGUGUAUUUAGGAAACUGAUAAAACCAAAACAACUGAAGCUAAAAUUGGAGAAUGAAAUAAUUUCUGUUUCCUCAUCUAAUUCUAGCUUUAGAAAUUGA